CGGGCCCUCCGAAAUGGGCGAGCAUAAUCUUCUUAAUCCCGGGUUUGUGGGACCUUUGGUAAACAUUCACACGGGAGACACAUUUUACCUCCCCAAUUUUAGAGCGUCCGGGGGACAACUGGCGGGUCUACCCUCUCUCUCCUACCCAAGAAGGGACAAUGUAUGCUCCCUUCCUUGGACCGCGUCGGAGUCGUGCAAUGGAUAUCCUCAACCCUACUUUAGUAGUGCCAUGUCCAUUAACCCCUCUUUCAACCGUGCAUGCGAAAUCACCAGGCAAGAUGAAGGCAAAUGUUUUUACAGCAACGGUGGAGGCAACAGGGAACCCUGCGCUGAAAGCGCAAACCUCAAACGUGAAGAGAGGGCAAGAGGAGACUCCUCUUCCUCCAUAACGACGGAGCAUGGACUGCACAACGGAAUGGGCAACAACGGUACAUAUUCCAAGUACGACUAUGGCGUCGAGCAGUUGACUCAAGAUCCGCCAUCCUGUCAAUCCCUAGAAUCUGACUCCAGUUCAUCGCUGCUCAAUGAAGGGAGCAAAGCCUCUACAGGCAUCGCUCAGGCGUUGACAUCCGCUGGCAAUCACGCACCAAGCACAGCAGCGGGCGGAGGCGCCCCGUGGUACCCAAUGCACACCCGAACCCGAAAGAAACGUAAACCCUACUCCAAACUCCAGCUGGCAGAGCUGGAAGGCGAGUUCAUGCUCAAUGAGUUCAUCACCAGACAGCGGCGGAGGGAGCUCUCUGACCGCCUGAACCUCAGCGACCAACAGGUUAAGAUAUGGUUCCAGAACCGGCGGAUGAAGAAGAAGAGAUUGAUGCUUAGGGAGCAGGCCUUGUCCUUCUUCUAAGAGGGAGAGAGCGGGGAGAGAGAUAUUUUAAAGAGGAAUAUAGGCAGGCUGUAUUCGCAAUGAAACAUACUGUUGAUUAUUUUGGUGUAAUCAAAUUCGAUGGCAUAUAGCAUGCACAGAAUGAAGUCUGGCGUCCUUUAGAAGGAGGAUAUUUUCUGAAACAAAACGACCUCAUCUGAGUUAUCACUAUAGCUAUCUUGAAAAACAAAUCAAGAGACCAAAUAAUAUGUUUAUCUGACCUUAAAUCGCAUAAAACAUUUACCAAUACAAGUAGUGACAGUGCGAGAAGGGCUUAUAGUCUUCCCUAUAUUCUGUGUUCUUUGAUAUAGAAAAUUGGAAUUAGUCAGCGCCCAGGAAUGAAAGGCACAGUGCAGUCUAAAGCAACGCAACGUUUCAAUUAACGUUAUUGGGGAAAAUAUAAUUUGGGAUUUGUAACUUUUUUCACAGAUUUCUUUGGCUAUGUAGUUUCCCAUCAUUUUACCAAUGCACUAACAAUUGUGGCUCAUUCGCUACGGCGGAACGUCCAAUCACCAAUUUCACAAUCAUUUCUAACAAAUGUAACUAAUCAAAGUAUAUAUAUCGGAUGUUUAUAAAUUGAUUUGAUUUAAGACAUGAACAAUUCCAUUAAUAAGCAUAGGCCUACUUGUUGAGAAUAUGAAGCUAAUAGAAAGUUACGGAUUAGGGCAAUUCCAUACUAUUGGAGUCAAGUCAAUAUUAGAGAAUAACUACAUGUAAUGUACGAAUGCAUAGCAUGUAUUAAUAAACAUUUUUAGUCUCAUGAGUGGAGUUAAGAUUGAACUGACCCAAAUUAUGUUUCAUAAGUUUGAGUUCACUUAGCUACGUCUAUGUAGGCACGGUGCAUCAAUAUGGCUAUGGCGCAUAAUGGUUUACAUCCAAUCUACAUUUCACCAGUAUUAAAUAAGUCAUGACAUGAUCGACCCCAGAACUCCUAAAACAAGUGUUACAACGGUCAUGAAAGGUUGAAUUUGGGCUUUGGUCUUAAGCAUAUUCACCCUAUUUUUCUUUAUCUUAGUGGACAAUAAGACGGUUUUGGGGCAUGCAAUUAAAAGCCUAAGUUAUUUAUUUUCAAUCAAUCAAUCAUGUGCUCUAGGAGACGUACAUGGCCAACUCCGUCUGUCAGAGCCAUCCAUUCUAGAGCCGUUUUCUUGAUUUCAUUUCGAUAUUGUUUGUAAAUUACAACACUUUGAUUUACAAAAGUCGAUUAUCUGCUAUUAUAUUUCUCAUCCCACUAAAACACACACACAAAGUUGCUGAGUUGCAGUCUUAAAUGCUAGUGGGGGGACUACGAUAAGCUAUUUGAGUUUGUUUUGGGGAGGGGUGGGCAAGGGUACAUGCUGCUAUUUCUGUGCGGAAUGAUCCGCUGAUUCUCUUGACGCUUGGGUGCAAAGUAAUAGCCUAUGUACCGUCAUGACUAUUUAUCGACUGCGAUCUGUUUACUGCAAUAAUAAUUGGUGGCUUAUGUAGACUAAUAUCUUUUUUCGUAAACACUCUUUAAACCUGUAUAAAUAACUGAGCAGUUAUCAUGGAGUAGGUGAACAUGUUCUGGUUUAAGUGCGUCCCGGAGCCCUACAAGGGCAGAAAUGAGAGCAAUGAAUCUGGGAACUGCAAUCAGCUCUACUCUAUUGUAUUGAUAUAUAAUACAAAAAAGUCUAAUACGUGUUUUGAGAAGUAGGCCAAUGUGAGAUGUAGGCUUGUAUAGCAUAUCCAAUGUGAGAUGUAGGCUUGAAUAGCAUAUCCAAUGUGUGAUGUGAAAAAGGUCUGGAAAGUGGUCAACAGGAUUCAUUCAUUUCUAUUUGGGCUCAUCCAUUCCAACACCAAAUACUGAAACUCACUUACCUUCUAUGCAUUGAUGAUUAUUGCUUAUUGUCUGUUACAUAUUUUCUAUUAUCAUUAUAAUACUUUUCAUAAUGAAAGCUAUAAGUAGAGUUUAAUGUUAUCAACAGUAGUAACUAUAGUCAGUAGCUGUAUUAUUGUCGACGUGACAGUGUUUGUAAAUAAUUUGGAAUAAGUUCUCCCCUAGGAAGUCUGUUCAUGAAAAUAUAAAUGUCCUGAUUAGCUUGUGCUGCUCUGUUUCUUUCUAGAUCAUCUCUCCAGUGUUAUUCAAUAUGUUACCCGUUUGUCUCCACGAAACCAACUCACUUUCGAAUAGGCAUAUGCUAUAUUAUAAAAAUAAGAAUGUUUACAAUAACUGUGUUUUAGAAUGACCAAUAUGAUACAUUUUCGUUUUGUCUGUGUUAUGUAACAUCUAUAUCCAGUGUAUAGAAUAAAUUGGCCUAUACCAAUAUGAA